AUGGCUAUAUUCUCCAUUGUUAUCCCUGUAGCCUUCGGAGUUGGGAACCGCUAUUUGCAGGGGACGUCAACGAGCUCGCCAUCUACUACGAUACCUCCGACUCCAACACUAUUUUCGGCUCCGGUUGAUGGUGCCACUUUGCAGAACACUUGUGACAUCUACUGCCAGGGACUCAAUGGUGGUGCCUCCUAUUGUAAACUGGAUCUGAGCCCACCGAUUUGUCAUGGGGGAGAUCAGCCUUGUGGUACGGUCGCUAUCUGCGGUCCUCCUGUAACAGUUACACCGACUGAUGUGGUUCCUACUGGUGAUGGAACGUAUGAGCCAGCCUGUGACACGAUGUGCCAGAGUCUCAAUGAUGAGGCUUCGUAUUGUAAGCGGUGGCUCCCUCGUCCAACCUGCCUCGGUGGCGAUCAGCCAUGCGGUGAUCAAACUAUCUGUACUUCCCAGACGUGGCCUCCUGCCCCCACACCGUCUCUUCCAGCUGGUGCCCACCCUCAUGAGUCUGCCCCUUGCAACGAAUAUUGCGUCGGCCUUAAUGGACCAUCUUCGUUCUGUAAGUGGUGGAAGAAUGAGCCUGUCUGUCAGGGAGGCGAUCAGCCCUGUGGUGUAUCGGAUUGUCCUACCGGUACCCUUGCUCCCACUGGAGGCCCUCCGGACUCCCAUGCUGGCCCUAGUCCAAGCUGCAAUGCGUACUGUGCCGCAAUGAACCCUGGCCUUUCCGGUGAUCGCGUGUCCUACUGCAAGUGGUGGCUGUAUGUGCCAGCCUGUUACGUUGGUGAUCAGCUCUGCGGCCCCAGCGUCUGCAGCGAUUAUGAGGACACUACAGCGCCGACCUCUGUGUCUACUGCCAUUACUAGUACUCUAGCGUCUACAACUCAGAUCGUCACAACCUCGACAACUAAAGUAGCCACUACUGCAGCUCCCACUGUUUGA